UGAGAGCAAGAGUGAGAGAGAGAGCACGCGUAUUUUGAGUUUAUGAGAGCGCCUGUACAUGCACCAUCAGAGCAGUCACUUCAGUUACCAUAGGACAACACAGCAAGUUGUUAUCACAGCACAUUGAGAGAGACUGGACAAGGAGACACUAAAAGAAAGAGAUUGAUUAGGAGCCUCUCUUUAUUAAGAGGGCACAUCGGGGGACUGACAAUAGCAGCCAACCAGAAGAUUCAUUUGUCUGCGUGUGCGUGAACUUCUUCUCCUUGGCACCCAAGAGAUCACCACCCCUGCAAAGUACCAAAAUGAUCCCGGAGGUUUUUCUUAUCUUGUGGCUGACAGCUCACGGAGUGAAUGCCAUGUUCGCGCAGCAGCCUCAAGACUUGGUGGUUGUGGCUGGUCAGCCAGUCACGCUACCCUGCUCCAUCCCUGGAUACCACGGUGUUGUGCUCUGGAUCAAAGAUGGCCUCGCUUUGGGCGUCGGAAGAGAACUUAUAGGUUAUCCUCGCUAUGCUGUGGUCGGGGAUCAUGGAUCUGGCGAGCACCACCUUCGGAUCCAGAGGGUGGAGCUGACGGAUGAUGCCGUGUUCGAGUGCCAGGCCAUCCAGAAGGCCAUGAGGUCUCGUCCUGCUCGACUCACUGUACUAGUUCCACCUGAUGUCCCCGUUAUCAUCGGAGGGCCCGUGGUGAGCCUGAGAGCGGGUGACCCCCUCAAUCUAACAUGUCAUGCAGACAAUGCCAAACCUGCUGCCUCGAUCAUCUGGAUCCGAAACGGAGAGGUGCUGAAUGGAGCCAAGUAUUCUAAGGCUAUUCUUCGAGAUGGGCGAAGGGAGAGCACUGUAAGCAACCUCUACAUUUCAGCCUCCAACAUUGAAACUGGACAGAUCAUCUUCUGUCGGGCGUCCAACAAGGCUGUGCCCAAUGGGAAAGAGACCAGUGUCACUAUAGACAUCCAACACUUGCCGUUGGUGAAUCUCUCUGUGGAGCCUCAACCGGUCCUGGAGGGAAACCUGGUGAAGUUUCAUUGCUCAGCCAAAGCUAAUCCACCAGUCACCCAAUACAAUUGGGCCAAAGGAGGAAGCAUGUUAAAGGAAGUGUCUGGAGACACUUAUGAGGUCACAGUGGAUCACUCGUUCUUCACAGAGCCAGUUUCCUGUGAGGUCACCAACCCACUUGGGAGCACCAACAUCAGUCGGAACGUGGAUGUCUACUUUGGACCUCGGAUGGCUGCAGAGCCCCAGUCUUUACAGGUUGACCUAGGAUCCGAUGCUGUGUUUAACUGUGCCUGGACUGGAAACCCCUCUUUAACUAUUGUAUGGAUGAAAAGGGGCUCUGGGGUGGUGCUAAGCAAUGAAAACAUCCUGACACUGAAAUCUGUCAGGCAAGAGGAUGCUGGGAAGUAUGUGUGCCGUGCGGUGGUGCCUCGUGUUGGAGCGGCUGAGAAGGAAGUCUCUCUGACCGUGAAUGGACCUCCGACCAUCUCCAGCACACAGACCCAUCAGGCCCCACACGGGGAAAAGGGACAGAUCAAAUGUUUCAUUCGCAGCACACCACCCCCAGACCGCAUUGCCUGGUCCUGGAAGGAGACUGUCCUGGAGUCAGGGACGUCAGGUCGCUACACAGUGGAGACAGUAAGCACAGAGGACGGAGUGCUGUCCACCUUGACCAUGAGUAACAUCGUACCCGCCGACUUCCAGACCAUCUACAACUGCACCGCCUGGAACAGCUUUGGCUCCGAUACAGAGAUCAUUCGCCUCAAGGAACAAGGUGGGAGCCAAGGUUCUCUCCCUGUUGCUGUGAUCAUCGGUGUGGCAGUUGGCGCUUUCGUUGCUUUCAUCGUCCUCAUGGGAACCAUCGGCGCGUUCUGCUGUACACGCUCUCAGAGAAAAGACGCUCACCUGGUUAUGCCUACACUGCCCACCUCCAUCUGUGCUCAGCAGAGAGAACUUGCAAGCAAAAUUAAGACAGAAAACCUCAAAGGCGUGGUAUCAGCCAAGAAUGACAUACGUGUGGAAAUUGUACACAAAGAUCACAAUGCAGCCCGAGAAAACGAGGAUCAAUCCGCCAUGAAACAGCUCAUGAUUGAACGGGGAGAGUUUCAGCAGGAGUCUGUUCUGAAGCAGCUUGAGGUACUUCAAGAAGAGGAGAAAGAGUAUCAGCACAUCAAGGACCCCACUAAUGGAUACUACAGUGUGAACACCUUUAAGGAGCAUCAUGGCACCCCAACCACGCUGGCUGGAAACCAGACCACAGAGCUCCGCCGAGACCCUGCCACAGCCAGCACCGGCAAGCAGCGGGUUCCCACAGGAAUGUCUUUCACUAACAUCUACUCUACCCUGGGUGCUGGACCCAACCGCCUAUACGACUACAGCCAGCGGUUUGUGCUGGGCAUGGGCAGCAGUUCCAUCGAGCUUUGCGAGCGAGAAUUCCAGCGAGGAUCGAUGAGCGACUCCAGCUCUUUCCUGGACACACAGUGCGACAGCAGCGCCAGCAGUUACAGCAAGCAGGAUGGCUACGUGCAGUUCGACAAGGACAGCAAGGCAUCGGCCUCCUCCUCGUCCCAUUACUCUCAGUCAUCGUCCCAGAACUCAGACCUCACGCGGCCACUGCAGAAACGCAUGCAGACCCACGUCUGACUGCAGGAGAUGGACAGAAGACAGAGGAAUCCAGCGCUGGGGUUGGCCAAAGGGGAUUGAAUCCCCCCGACCCCACAGAUGCGAAUCAGGAACCAGUUUAAGCACAUCUAGCACACCAGUUUCAUUUUAUCCUCCACUUAUUUUGCUUUUUCUUUGAUAUAUGUGAAUUUCCUCAUUGUUCAGAUCUUAUUCACAGCUUUGAAAAGCCUUAACUUUUUUAGAACCUUUUCUUCACCCUUCCGAAUGCCCUAAAUCUCUAGGCCAAAAAAUUCCUCCAAACAAUAGUGUACCACAGUGAUGUUACAUGCCAAUGGAGAAAAACACAAGACCCUGAACAGAUCUAGUGUCCUUGCUGUCAUUCCAGUAACUUUGAAAAAACUCUGAAUGAAUGCCCCCCUCAAACAAAGCAUAGCAACAAUGCUUAAGUGAACUCUUCGAAGAGAGUUGAAGAAGGCUACACAUCAUACCUCUGUAGUCCAUUCACUCAUCUCCACCACUGAAGGACAAUGUCCUGUUGCUCCUGUACAUUAAAGCACAACUGUCAAAGUUGUAUGUAACUUUUCUCAAUUCCUCUACCACAGCUAGCUAAACAACUGAAACAUAAAACAAAAUAAAAGGACAGGGAGGGUGGCUGAUAGAAAGCACUGUACGAACUGAAUUAACAACUAAAGUCAAUCCAAAUCUUUGGAUUCUGACCCUUCUGACAAAGGUUAGUCUGACAUAAAAAUGUGAGAUGUGGCUCUGAGCUGUUGGAUUACAAUAUAGAGAGAAGAUAUAUUUGUGUACUUUGUCUUUCUUUCUGAACACUCUUUAGUUUCAGUAUUUUAACAACAUGGUUUUAAAACAUGAAUUGGACUUGCACUGGGAACUAGAAGGAUGAUGUAAUCUUGUUUAGUUAUGUGUUUAUGAGAGGAUGGGUUUUCUCUUUUUUGAAAUACUAUUAUUUCCGAAAACGGUUGAUUUGGGUUUGAUGUGAAUCAUGUGCCAAUGAUCAGAACAAUGAUGUUUGGAUUUCAAAAAGAUGCACUAUAUCCUGUGUCCUGCUUUGUAAAGUUGAAUUAUAACACUUCUUUUUCAUUUUCUUUUGAUUAAUUUAAAUCAAUCUGGGAUUGUUACAUAUGCUAUAUAUAUUUUUCAAACUGCUUGUUUCUUGCAGGACACAAAUUUAGUUUACGUGGAGUGCCAUUGGACUGUACAGAAUUGAGUACCCUCACUGUUAUAAGUGAGACAUUUUUGUACAUGUGUUUUGAAUGGAGUAUGGGUGUCCAUGCUUAAUGUACAUGUAUGUUGUUUUGUUGUUUCCUUUUUUCUUCCUUUGUCUUUUGGUUUACAGUUACUGAAAUUGCAACUUAUGUGACUACUGAUAACGCAAGCACUUCUACACUCGACUCUUGUAAAGUAAAAUCACUCUUAGACUUUAAUCAGAAUACUGAAAUCAAGUUAAUAUCAAUUGAGCUAGCAUUGCAAACUAUGUAUGAUGAGCAGAAAGACACAGACUACCCAAAAGCCAAUGCCAUGGUGAAUGAAAACCUGGAAACUAGAGACAUUCGGCCAGUUAAAGUGACAAAACCUUUGGAAAGAGUUGAAGCUCCAGCUGUUCUGAAAGUAUAGCUCUUCAAGGGCUCCUUGCAAGAGACUUUAGCUUAAGCUACAGUGCCAAUGAUGCUGACACACUUGCUUUGCAAAAGUAAUGGAUGCAUUUGAUUGAUUAGAUUAUCUGCUCCAUUUCCCAAUUCAUUCUGCAUUUUGGUCAUUGCUGUCCUGGGGAGAAAUGUUCAGACUGCCAAAAAAAAUGUCCAAAUUAUGGCAACAUGCUUCAAUUGCUAGGGAAGAGUACAGCCAUUAUCUAUGUGGUGUUAUAUUAGGGGGCAUAAUUGUAUGAAAUUGCCACUGACCCCUUAUAACAAGGUUCAGGCUCAUCCCAGUAUGAGUACCAACUGUGCUUACAUCCAGUGAUACCGACACCCUUUUCACUGCCAAGGUUUUCCUGGGUUAUAUGACACUCUGAAUCUACAUUUAAUUGACUAACUGCUCCAGUCCUGACUUAUGAUUGGAGAAACAGAUUGGGCGCGAAAGCUGUAAGUGUGUUUUGCUUAUCAAAGCUUCCAACUCUUUUUUUUAUCUCCUCUUCAACGUACCUACCAUUCAACUUAUCUACCAUUCAUUCUCGCUCAUAAACAGAAAUAUGACCAGAGAUAAUCCCUCAUAUAAUCAAGCAGGGGUAACUGUGGCAUCUCUCACUUGAACAGCAGAGAUCUUGGUUUUGAUGCAGAGGGAAGAGUUCUGAUUUGUUCUGACCUAACAGUCCCUCCCUUCAACCCCACUAACUGUGAGGUGUGAUGCUGCUGAGUCAGUCGGUGCUGUAAGCACUUUACAUAUGAUAAUAUUUGUGGCAUUUCAAUGGGGUUCAUACAUGAGUGCUGUUGGAUGAGUCUAAUUUUACAAAUGGAUUGGUGCCCAUUGUGGGGUUUAAACACGAAAAGGCCUGUUUCAGUCCUGAUAAUGCAGCUCAGUCCUUACUACACUGUAUAUAAAUACCUCAUGGUCUCUGUGUGUAAAUUUGUGUUUAAAUUUGUAUUACUUUGCUUUGUUCUUUAGUCAGAUUGAUUCAUAAAGUGCAGAAAUCAAAUAACACCAUUGAUACUGUACAAAAGAUCACAUUUAUUUUACAUAUUACAUUUUAUUUUAUAUGUUUUCCACUCUCAGCAUAACCAAUGCUAUAGCCAUAGGCAGAUAAAUGUUUCAAAUUAAAUGUCCAUAUGUUUCUUACCUUGCCCUGUCUUUCUGUUAUCGAUAACUGUUUCCUGCAAGGGGAAAUUAAAAUAUAUGGACUUAUAGAAAUCUUCCAACACACAACAAUCCAGCUUGCAAUGUGCACUGAUUUAUAUCCAGGGUUUCUACACCUUUUGACCAUUUUGUGAUUUCUGGAGAAAUCAUUUUAGUGAGAUUGACCAGAAAUUGCUGUUUGCGAGGGAGAGGAAUAACCUGAGCUGAGCAUAAAUCAAUAUUAAAGAUAUCUCUAGGUACCCUGUAAAUACAGAAAAUGCCAAAUCAUAAUUCUCAAUUCAUAGUAUUAUCAAAUUUAAUUUUCAGGAGCUAAAGUGUGGAUUUUUCCAUGUUAAAAUGAAUAUCCUGUACUACAUGGUAAUAAGCAGAGACAAUUGUAAACAGUGUGUGGCUAACAAAACAUUUCUCUGUUUGUUUGAAUCCUGGCCAGCCACGCUUAGCAAAAAUAGCUCAAGCAAUGGCAUUAGUUUGGAGGCGUGGCUCUCUGUUAUUUUGUCUAACAACAGAUGAGGACAAGAGAGGAAACCUGUUUGAAAAUAGUCAUAUUUG